AUGGCAGUCCCACAGGUUGGUAACCUCGCCCCAAGAUCUAUUGAAGCUUUGGCAUUGCUGCAUGGACUCAGAUUUGCGAUUCAUGUUGGAUUCUCCAAUCUUGAAGUUGAAGGGGAUGCCCUCUCAGUCAUCAAUGCUUUACAAGAGAGUUCGGAGGAUUAUAGCUCUGAGGGUCAUUUAAUUGACGAAGUUAAGUCUUUAUUUCAGUCUUUUCACAGUUGUAGUAGUCACUUUGUGAAACGAGAAGGCAACAAGGUUGCUCAUCGUUUGGCAAAAGAGGCAUUGAAAGUUUGUCAACCUUUACUUUGUCUGCAGUCGGGGCCUAGUUGGCUCCAUCAGUGCGUCAGUAUAGAUUUCCAGUGUGAAGUCUAG